UCUCCGUUGAGCGUCAGUGCCAUGACAACAAGGGCGAUGGGUGCAAGUGAGAGGCUGAGAAAUGUGAUUUUGUCGUGAACGAGAAGGAAGAGGGAAACAAAACACACCCGUGACUGAACACUUGAAGAGGCAGCAUGUCUCUCUUCAAAGCCCGCGAUUGGUGGUCGGCAGCUCUUGGCGAAGGGGAGGAGUUUGACCAGGGAUGCCUGUGUGUCGGGGAUGUGGACAACAGUGGCACCGGACAUGACAAAGUGGUGGUGGGCAGCUACAUGGGAAUGUUGCGCAUCUUCUCGCCUCAUUCCAUCAAGUCCAGCGAGGGAACUGUCGCAGACGCCCAGCUCCUGGAAAUCCACCUUCAAAACGCCAUCAUCCAGGUGGAAGUGGGCAAGUUUGUCUCGUGUUCCGACCUUCUUCACCUGGCUGUUCUCCACCCCAGGAAACUAUCUGUCUAUUCUGUCUCAGGCACUGCAGGGAACGUGGAACAUGGGGACCAGUACCAGCUGAAGCUGGUUUAUGAACACAACCUGAAAAGAACAGCCUGCAACAUGACUUAUGGCACAUUUGGAGGAGUUACAGGUCACCACUCUCUGUGUAUCCAGUCGAUGGACGGGAUGCUGAUGUUCUUCGAGCAGGACAGUUACUCCUUUGGCAGAUUCCUCCCUGGUUUCCUGCUGCCUGGCCCACUGGUCUACAACACCAGAACAGACAGCUUCCUCACCGUGUCCUCUGCACGCCAGCUGGAAAGCUAUAAGUACGAAACUUUGGCUGUGGCUACGGAAGCGGAGAGUCGACAGGAUCCUGACCUGCCCCUCAAGACUGGAGGUAAAAAGCUGACGCCCGACUGGACAUUUGUCCUGGGUGAACAGGCUCUGGACAUCUCUGUGCCCUCUUUCUCCCACUCCUCCUCCUCGAUCUUCACCCUGGGUGAGAGAAACCUCUACUGUGUCAGAGACAACGGCCAGAUUCGCUUCAUGAAGAAGCUGGAGUUCAACCCCAGCUGCUUCCUCCCCUAUGCCUCAGUGACGGAUGGUACCACCAACCUGUUGCUGGGCAACCACACCAACAUGCUGCUGGUUUACCAGGAUGUGACUCUAAAGUGGGCGGCCCAGCUCCCGUUUGUGCCCGUGGCCGUUUGCGUCGCCAACUUCCCGGAGUUGAAGGGAGCGGUGGUCAGUCUGAGUUCAGACGGACACCUUCUGUGCUCUUACAUGGGCACCGACCCGUCCUUCUUCUCCACGCCAAAGGUGGACGCCAGGGAGGCAGACUACGAGCAGGUGGACGCCGAGAUGAAGAAGCUGCAGAAGUUCAUCAGAGAGGCCUCGAGGACUCAGGACAUCCUCCCUAAAUCGGAUGCAGAGGCAGACUUGAUCGUUAAAGCUGCUGUGUCUUCCAGCAUGGACAGCCCAUCGCAAGCUCUGAUCCAAGACAUCGAUGGUCUGCCCAUCCCUUCAGUCACCAUACAGGUGAAGGUGAAGGCCAGCUGUGUGUUGCAGUCCUCAAAGCUGACGGUCAACAUUCAGCCUCCUCUGGCCGUCACUCAGGACCAGUUUGUCCUCGAGCCAAUGGGUGUUGGUGCCUCCAGUGUUGUGGCGUUUUCAGCUUUCCUCAACGGCCGCCAUCCCCCCGCUGAUCUCACUGGAGACAUCACUGUGUCCUACAGUUCGCCAACAGAGCUAAAUCCCAAAGGAGUUCCCCGGGUUCUCCAGUCCAGGUUCAGUCUUCCGCUCCUGUUGGUGUGUGUUCCUUCCUCUCCGGCCAAAACCACCAAGUUUAAGAUCAACGUGGAUACCAACCAGCCGCCGGUCAACCUCAACACCAUCUUUCCCGAGUUUUCAGUGAAAUCCGAAGAUAAGGAUGGGAAUACUGUGGCGUUCCAGUUCCUGUCAGGAGCCAAGGUUACUGUGCUGGCCUCAAAAACCUCCCAGCGUUACCGCAUCCAGAGCGACAGUUUUGAGGACAUGUGGCUGGUGGUGAAAGAGCUGGUUCAGAGGUUCGACCAGCAUUUCUCCAAACUUGGAGUCAAGGACUUUAAGAAAAGCUUCAGUGGACCGCUUCCACUGCAGGACUACUUCCUGUCAGUGGACAACCACUUCCAGCUGCGCGUCAGUGCUCAACAGUACCAGGACUUGCUGUCAGAGCGUGCGGUCCAGUUCAGAGCCAUCCAGCGCCGCCUGCUGACUCGAUUCAAGGACAAAACCCCUGCACCGCUGCAGAACCUGGACACACUGCUGGAUGCCACGUACAGCCAGGUGAUAACGCUGGCUGAGGCUGCAGAGGAGAACCGAGCUCUGCUGGAGGAGGCGUUCGCCCGCCUGCGGAGCGCCACACACCUGCUGGUGCUGCUGCUGUCGCUGUGGCAGGGCCUGACCCCAGACCAGACCGCCAUCCUGGAGGCCACGCUGCUGCCACUGCUGCAGGACACGCCACAGCUGGGCUGGGAGGAGAGCUGCGACGCGGCCGUCUCUCACCUCCUGCGGAGCUGUUUGUCCAGGAGUCCCAAGGAUCAGGCCACAUCUCUGGCUCAGGCGGGCGGCCCGCUGCUGGGCCUCCCCCGUGACACCACUCGCCUGAAGAAGCACAUCACACUGCUGUGCGAUCGCAUCGGCAAGGGAGGCCGCCUCACCCUGGGGUCCGAGGCCAACGUCCAGGUCCCCGCCCAGGUCCAGAACCUGGCUGCUCCUGGAGGCGUUGAGCCCAUUGCAGAGGGAGCAGGUGAGGGGGAGGAGCUAGAACUUUCACGCGAGGCCACCAAGUUCAUGAAGAAGAAGCAGCCGUCCAAGAAAGUCAAGAAAGAUAAAGACUCCAAAGAGAAGAAGGAGGUGCCAUCAGAGGCCUCGCUGAAGGAAGAAGCAGCAGGGGCAGAGGAUCCACUCAAGGAGGUGAAAAAGGACAAGAAGGAGAAGAAGGAGUCAAAGAAGGACUCGAGCAAAGAGCCCAAAGAGGAAGCAAAGAAGGAGUCCAAGAAGGAAUCAUCAUCAUCAUCAUCAUCUUCCAAGGAGAAAAAGGAGUCAUCGAAGGACAAGAAGGACAAAGACAAGGAAGGGAAGGAGGCCAACAAGGAAACGGGGGACAAAAAAGUGUCUAAGAAGUCUUCGGUGAGAGUGAAAGAGAAGAAGAAGGAGGAGCCCGAGGUCGAGGACGGCUGACAGGAUUGAUGUGAUCCAGUCACAUGAGUAAACAGAACACGUUCAAACACACACACACACACAUUUAUUUGUACAUACAGAGACUCACACAUGCUGGAUAAAUAUGUGUAUGUGUAUAUACUGUGUACAUGUAAACAUAUACAAGGCCACAUACACACACAUUCACAUCAGCAGUCUAAAUAUACAGGGUAUUUGCAUGUAAAUACACUCAGUCAAGGGCACAUUUGCAAAGCAGUUUCCUCUCAGACGCAUAUUUAUAUUACCCAGUAAUAACUGAUCCACACACACACACACACACACACACACUGCUGCUGCUAUACUUCACCACAUCCAGUAGUUUUUUGUGUGUGGGCAUUGAGUGACUGUGGUCUGAGCCCAGGGAGAGCGAGGACGAAGGCAAAAAUCCUCCUCCUCAGACAUUCUGCUGACUCUCUUCUUCCUCCUCCUCCUCCUCGUCUUCGUCGAGCCUCAGCAGCAGUUGAACCCGCAGCCCUGCGCCUCCUCUAAUCCCAGUCAGGCCCCAAACCACCUCCCCACCCACGCUCACUCCUCAAUGUGAUGUCAGCCCCGCCCUCUCGCCCCCUCGUGUGGCACCGGGCCUCACCAGAGCCUCCCCGCCUCGCCGUCUAAGAAUAAACCCCCCCCGCUCGGCCGUGUCCAGCCGCCCGGGCUUCUUCCGGGUAAAUCGAGGCCACAUCCAACAGCCACCUCCGCCGCCUCCCCCCUCUGACCUCCAACAGUCAGUUUUGUGUUGUUUUCUUGCAAAAUCUGGGACACUCAAGGACACGCAGCUGCUGAUGGACACAAACUUGGUGCUGCGGGGUCAAACCUGAGACUGUUUUUGUACGACGAAAACCAACAGGGCGUUUCUGGAAAAAAGCACGGUGGCACCGAGGAGCAGGGGAAGCGCCAGCAGCGCCAGUCCAACACCCGAGGCCUUUUCUGCUCAUCUUCAGGAACAAUACGAAGCGGACGCUUGUGGCAUCGUGUAACCAGCUCUGGACGACUCUGUUUAAAAUGCUACUGUUAAAUGACCGUUACUAGUGUCACAGGAGGAAGAGGAGGAGUCAUGGACCGAACCAAAACAUGUUUUCUUGCUCUUGGUGGUUUGUUUUCUUACAGGUCACUGUGUUUGUUCAGGUUGUGAGGAGCGUGUCAGGCGUCAGCACCUACAGAGUGUUACAGCGAGGCGGCUUCAAAUGUGUGAUUCCCCGAUUUAAAGACGUAGUUUCAAAGGUUUUUUAGGCAGUGUGGAUGUAAAGGAUACUUUCUUUCUUGUUUUCAGCUGAUAGGAGAAUCAGCUGUAGCUGUAACUGUGCACUGUAUUUUAAAUAUUUACUUAAAAUACUAUCAUUCAUACUCGCUCACUGUGAAUACUUCUCACAUUGUCUCACUUGGUUCUUAUCCGGAUAAUUUGACUUCUGUGCUGUUGUGAAAAACAUCGUCGGUCUCACGUACGACCUCAACAUGUUCGGGUGGACGUCUGAAAGCAGCUCAUGCAACAUAAACCUUACGCCUGAAGCCAAAGAGGAAGUCAACAGUUUGAAUGGAAGUCUAGUAGGUUUAUAACGUCAGCACAGUUUCCUAAAGAGUUAAUGUCUCAAUCUCAAGUUUCUGGUUUUAUUCGACGUACCGUGAUGUCACUUUUGUAAACAAUGUUUUCAUUGAGAGGAUAAUAAAGCUCUGGUGCCACACGUGAGUGGACACCCGUGUAUAUGACAGCUGGUUUCGUCCAAUAGGAGCCUGUCUGUUACUUCCCAACAUGGCGCCGCCCAAACCGUAAUUCUGCAAGCUUUAAAACGAAAGUUUCGAUUCUUUUAUGUGAUGUCACAACGUGUUGCCACUCACUCACACACACACACACCUGCCCUCUUCUAUCACUGUGUUUUUGACGUUUAGCAAAAUUAAUUAAGGAAAAGAGUCAGGAUUUCUUAUUUAAAUUAUUAAUAACAAACUAUUUAAAAAUGAUUUAUGUCUCUUAAAGUCAGUUUAAGGGAAAUAACAGUAAAAAAUUAAAUUGAGGUUUAAUUUGGCCCUGUUUCUUUUUUGUGUGUGUUUUUAGAAUGUAACUUUUACAUGUACACCACAAUAUUCACUCACUCAGUGUAUGAAAAAACUAGAAUAGGUUUUGUACUGUUGUAUUAGUUGUUCAGAUGUGCCAGGCUCUAGUUUUGAGUUUGUGUUUUUUUUUUUUUUUUUAAAUCUGCUUUUUUUGUAGCCACAGUUCAUUCUAAAAUGAAAUUAGGAGUCAUUUAUGAGAAUGAAAUCAAGGUUAUUUAUGAGAUAUUUAGUAAUUAAAGUUGUCUUCUGUAAGAAACUAAA